AUGCAGAAUUCAUCCACCAAUGUCAAUGUUCAAGUCCAAGACCAAGUCGAAGCAACCCCGUCCCCCCCUGACCAAACCCACGCCCCUGGCUACCUAACUCCAGCUGCAGUUCCAGCUCCAGAUCCAGCUCCAGCUCUAUCUACAAAUGAAGAGCCCAUCAGCGCCGCUGUUUCGCCGGCGGAUUAUGGAGCUAUGCAGUCAACAGGAGGCGGCGCCAAUUACGUAGGUAGUGCACAUUGGGCUGCCGUCCUUGAUGGCAUUGCUGAGCUCAAAGACCACCUUGACAACGAAGAGUCACAUCAUUCUGACAGCCAGGGCCCCGAUCUUCCAUGUCCUCAGGUCACUGGCCCUCAGCUAUUGUACGGAUGCCCCAAGCCGGCUGACAAAGAUGAGAUUUUCUCGUCGAUCCCUGCUCGUUCGGUAGUCGACCGGUUGGUGUCCCGCUACUUUAAUUCUUUUGAGAUGUCUCCAGCUGUAUUACACAGCGUCCAGUUUCUGAAGGAGUAUGAAGGGUUUUGGGAAAAUCCCCAAGCAACUUCACCAAUUUGGUUGGGCUUGUUAUUCACUAUCAUGUGUCUAGCCACCCAAUUUGAAAAGUCUCGUCUCGACCCAGGCGUCCAAUCACCAGCAGUUCUCUCUAUGGAGCGAGAGCUGCAAGAAAUGGUGGAUACCUUCAGACUGAGAAUUCCCCAAUGCCUCGUACUUGGAAGUUACGCCAAGGGAGGGCCCUUCGUUCUGGAGACACUUAUGCUGUAUAUUGCAGCAGAGAUCUUCCUCAGCAGCGAUGCAGAGAUAGAAAUCUGGAUCCUGAUGGGGAAUACAGUCCAACUUGCCUUGCACAUGGGUUAUCAUCGAGACCCCAAGCACUUCAAGGGCUUGUCGCCUUUUGCAGCGGAAAUGCGCAGAAGGAUUUGGGCUACAAUUGUCGAGAUGGAUCUUGGAUUAUCGGCUCAGAUGGGUCUACCACGUAUGAUCAAACAUUGGCAGACUGAUACUCAAGAGCCUUCGAACCUUCAAGAUAGCGACUUUGACAGUGCUACAGUCGAGAUGCCACCAUCGAGGCUCAAUACAGAUCUCACGCCUAUUCUGUAUCGUCUCGUCAAAGCAAGGUUGAUGACAACUAUUGGAUACAUCUGGGACUUUUCCGCCGAUCUCAGAUCAUAUCCCUAUACAGAAGUGCAGAAAAUGGAUGACAAGCUUGAUCAAGCACGUAAGUCAAUCCCAGAAUGUCUCAGGUGGCACUCUAUGGCACGAAAUAUCACCGAUUCUCCUCAGCAAAUCAUGCAAAAGGUUAUCUUGGAGACUAUCUUCUACAGAGCAAAGAUUGUCCUUCACAGAAAGUACAUGUUCUUGCCUCUUGCACAGUCUGCUAGCUCUAGACGCAUCGUGUUGGAAUCAGCACUUAAACUUCUUGAUUACCAACACAUGCUUCAAGAGGAGACGCAGCCUUUCUGUCAGCUAUACCAGGAAAGAUGGAGGGUGUCUUCUUUAGUGAACCACGACUUUCUUCUGGCCACGAGCAUUCUCUGCUACUAUCUACAGCAUGCCCGGGGAGUAACUCCACAGCUUUCAGAAUCUACCUCUUUUGACGAAACUAUCAUGGUGUCUCUCAAACGAUCACAUGACAUUUGGCUUCAGUCAAGCAACUCGUCCAAAGAGGCCCGCAAAGUUGUGCGAGCCCUGGCAGUUGUCUUGGGCAGGGUCAAUACGCCAAGCGCAGAUUCAGGGGGCGAGAGUAGCCUUGUCUUUGGCUUGCCAUCGACAUACCCAUCUUCCACGACCAAUGAUUAUAGCCAAGAGACUCCAGGUGGACUCGGCUCUCAAUUCCCGAUGUUCAAUUCCGCUCUGAUGCCAAAUUGGGAAACAUUUGCGGAUGAUCUUAUUUCAGCGCCCAUGAUUACACCAACAGCUGAGUGGCAAGAGAUGGACGAGACGGUAGAUGCGAUGGGGUCAUUGAAUUGGCCUUGGAACUCACAGUAA